AUGGAAUCGGCGUCGGAGCCGGAGCUGGAGGAGAACCCGGACGUGUGGGAGCUGUUUCGGCACUACGACAGGCUCUACUUCCGCGGCGCGCUCGACGACGCCGCAUUCGCCGUCGAGUGCACCUCCCCGCGCAUGAAGACUUGCAGUGGUUUCGGAUGCUGUUCAUUUGGAAGCAAAACCAUAACACUCUAUCAGCCAAUGCUGCAAUAUCGCACAAAGGAUGAUCUGAAGAACGCCCUUCUGCAUCUGAUGAUUCAUGCAAUCUUAUUUGUCAAGUAUGGUACGACGAACAUCUGUAAGCAUGGUCCUGUUUUCCGUGAUUGGAUGGAUGCUAUCAACGCUUGCUCCAUUGACGAUUACCUGAGGCCAAAAAGUGGCUAUUGUAUCACCACAACCCAUGAUUUCAGUCCGGAAGAGCUCCAGAGCAUCCAGGGCAAUCUGUGGAAGUGUGAAUCUUGUGGCGAUACACUUGUGAGGGCCACAAGGCUGGGCCCUCCAUCCGAUUCCUGCUGUAUCGAGAAUGUUAGCCAACAUCCAACCUGUGGCAACAUGCUUUGCUACUGGCACAAUCACAAGAUGAAUUGCGGUGGUACUUAUGUGGUGCCAGCGAAACGAGGUCAAAAGAUGGUUCCGAAAGGUUAUGCUGUUGGUAGUAGCUCCUCGCGCAAGGCAAGCAAGAGUAAUACGGCUGAAAACUUUCAGAAAGCAAUUGUGCCUGCUACCCCUCGGAGAAAAUUGAAGCUGAAGCAGGAGUUUGUUGCAUCAGAGAAGCAUGAGCUUUUCUUGGGAAGAAGUUGCAACAAUGCAAAAUCACUUGGUAGUUGCUCCUCAAAGAAGGCAGAGGACUUCCAGAAAGCAAUUGUUUCGUCUGCUUCCCCUCUGAGCAAUCUGAAGAGGAAGCAAACAUCUGUAGCAUCGGAGAAGCAUGAGCUUAGAUCUGUAGAGAGUUUCUACAGUGCAAAAUCUUCGAGAAGUGACACCUCUAGGAAGGCAAGCAGGUGGCACAAGCCAGGGGACGUUCAGAAAUCCAAUGUGCAGCCUGCUGCAUCUCAGAAAAAGCUGAAGCUCGAGGAAGACAUGACUUUAUCAGAGAAAUAUGGAGUUUUCUCUCCAGGGAGUUACAAAAAUACAAAACCACCAGGAAGCAGCACAUCCAGGAAAGCAAGCAAACUUCACAAGCCUGAAGGCAUUCAGGAAUUCAGUGUUCUACCUGCUACCGCUCCCAGAAAACUGAAACAAAACUUGGUUGCGUCGGAGAAGAAUGAGCUUUCCUCUUCUGUAGGUCGCAGCAAUGCAAAUGUACUGGACAACGUCUUCUCAAAGAAGGUACACAAGCAACGUGAGCCUGAAGAGACUCGGAAACCCAUUGCGCAUCCUGCCUUUCCUCAAAGUAUACCCAAGCAGCAAAACAAAACCAACUCCUCAGCUAAGGCAGGGAAGCAACAUAGUCCUCAAGAUGUUCAGCGUGCUGUUUCUCAAAGUAAACUGAAGCGAUCAAGCCAUGUUGCACCUGAGAGGCAAAAGACAAGAAGCAUUGCACCUGAGAGGACAAGAAGCGUUGCAGGUGCGAGGAAAAAGACGAGAAGCGUUGCACCGGGAAAGAAAAAGGAGUAUGCUUGUGUUAGUGUGUGGGCAAACAUCUACGAAUCAGAAUGUUCAAGUGGAUCAGCGGAGCCGCUUGUAAACAAAAGAACAGAGCGAAGGAAGCGAGAGAGAGAACGCGCAGUUCAGAUAACCUAUUUGCGGUCAAGGAAGGGAAGUGCGAGCGGAAUGAGCUCCGUCAAGGCCGAAACUGCGGAGGAAGAAGUCUCAUCUGAACAAGCCAAGCCACCACCUCAAUCGCAAUGCUUGGAGUUCAUUCUUAUCGGUACUGCCCACAAGGUGGUGACUCAAGACCCUAGAGAUCAGUUCCGACGACCAGCUCCACGCCCUCCUGCAGAUCAGGUGAAGACUCAAACCCCGAGAGGUCAGUCCCAACCGCCGAUUCAAACCCCUAGAGGUCAGUGUCAGUCCCAGCGACCAGCUCCAUGCAUGGAUAUUGUUGGUGUCUCUCCUGUUGGCCGGGUGACGACUCAAAACGCUAGAGGUCAGUCCCAGCCACCAGCUCAAUGCAUGAACAUUGUGAUCCCUCCUGCGGUCCUGGUGGCAACUCAAGCCCACCCAGAUCCGUCCGUUCCAUCUACGUGUAUGAACAUUGCAGCAGUCCCCCCUAAUGACCAGGUGAUGGCUCGAGCCCCUGUACAUAAGUCACAGCCACCAGCGGCAAGCGACAUCGCCACUGAUAAGGUGGUUCCACCUCAUUCAGCUAAUCCACCCAGUAGCCCUGACCUGAUAGACAUUUCUGAUGAUGACUGA